AUGCAAAACGCUGCUGAGCUUGCUGGUAUCCAGGAUGAAUUGCAAACUACCGAACAGCAGGUGGUUAACAUCAUAGAAUCUUUCAUCGAACUUGGUGUCUCUGUGUAUGAUUUCCCCGGUACUCAAGAGGCCACUCAAGGUAUGGUUACCAACUUGAGACGUAAUGUGGAUCGUCUACUGAAAUUAAACCAACGCAGUAAUGAUCCUACUUCUCAAUUGCACAAGUUGAACAUCCCUAUGGAAGUAUUGCAGUACAUUGAAGAUGGGCGUAAUCCUGAUAUCUAUACAAGAGAAUUCGUCGAGGCCAUUAGAAGGUCUAAUCAAUAUCAGAGGGCAAAAAUGAAUGGAUUGAGACAGUUGAGAGAUUCUUUGGCUGAGAAAAUCGCAGAAGAGUUCCCAGAUUUGGAGCAAAGCGUUCAAGGUAUUGUAGAGAGAACUGGGGGAAGUACAAACCACGACACCGAGCUGAAUGCAUAA